AUGUUGAGAUACUGGGGAGAGAUACCAAUCUCAUCCAGCCAGACCAACAGAAGUUCCUUUGAUUUGCUGCCACGGGAGUUCCGCCUGGUGGAAGUCCAUGACCCACCCCUGCACCAACCCUCAGCCAACAAGCCCAAGCCCCCUACGAUGCUGGAUAUCCCCUCAGAGCCAUGCAGCCUCACCAUUCAUACCAUCCAGCUAAUCCAGCACAACCGACGUCUGCGCAACCUCAUUGCGACAGCUCAGGCCCAGAAUCAGCAACCGACGGAGGGAGUAAAGACUGAAGAGAGCGAACCUCUUCCCUCUUGCCCGGGGUCACCUCCUCUUCCUGAUGACCUCCUGCCUUUAGAUUGUAAGAAUCCCAAUGCACCAUUCCAGAUUCGGCACAGUGACCCGGAAAGCGACUUUUAUCGUGGGAAAGGGGAACCUGUGACUGAACUCAGCUGGCACUCCUGCCGGCAGCUCCUCUACCAGGCAGUGGCCACCAUCCUGGCCCAUGCUGGCUUUGAGUGUGCGAAUGAAAGUGUCCUGGAGACCCUAACUGAUGUGGCACAUGAGUAUUGCCUCAAGUUCACCAAGUUGCUACGCUUUGCUGUGGAUCGGGAGGCCCGACUGGGGCAGACCCCUUUUCCUGACGUCAUGGAGCAGGUGUUCCAUGAAGUGGGCAUCGGCAGCGUGCUCUCUCUCCAGAAGUUCUGGCAGCACCGCAUCAAGGACUAUCACAGCUACAUGCUGCAGAUUAGUAAGCAACUUACUGAAGAGUAUGAAAGGAUUGUCAACCCUGAGAAGGCCACAGAGGACACGAAACCUGUGAAGAUCAAGGAGGAACCUGUGAGUGACAUCACCUUCCCCAUCACUGAGGAACUGGAGGCUGACUUGGCUUCUGGAGACCAGUCCCUGCCCAUGGGAGUCCUCGGGGCUCACAGUGAGCGCUUCCCAUCUAACCUGGAGGUGGAGGCUUCACCGCAGGCUUCAAGUGCAGAGGUAAAUGCUUCCCCGCUUUGGAAUCUGGCCCACGUGAAAAUGGAGCCUCAGGAGAGCGAGGAAGGCACUGUCUCUGGGCACGGGGUGCUGGGCAGUGAUGUCUUUGAGGAGCCCAUGUCAGGCAUGAGUGAAGCUGGAAUCCCCCAGAGCCCGGAUGACUCCGACAGCAGCUACGGCUCCCACUCCACUGAUAGCCUCAUGGGGUCCUCCCCUGUUUUCAACCAGCGCUGCAAGAAGAGGAUUAGGAAAAUAUAA